AAAUAACUAUCAAUCUUUUAAUUUGGCUACACUGAUGAAGUAAACAGUAUCUAAUAUUUUGUAAUAUUACAGUUUUGUAAAAAGACAAUUAUAACGCGAAAGAAAGAAUAAACUAUCAAAUAAAUAUGUCAAAAGAAGAGUACGUUCAUGGAAACGGAGAGACUUUCAAUUGUGAGGAGUCACCUGCAAAACAAAAAUUAAGAGGAUGGUUGAAUCGACAUUUGCGAAUUAAAAUGACUGAUGGUAGAGUACUGACGGGUGCAUUUCUUUGCACUGAUCGCGAUGCUAAUGUAAUUUUGGGAUCAUGUAUAGAAUUUUUAUCCGAAGAUCUUACAGAAGCAAGAGCACUUGGAUUGGUAAUGGUACCUGGUCGACAUAUUGUGACAAUCCAUUUAGAUGUUUGAAUAUUUCUUUUAAGGAUAAAUAAUACAGUAAAAUCAUAUUUCAUUAUUUCUAUAUCUUCCACUUUA